AUGCCUCAAGCCUCUCCCAGUAGAUCGACACCCAACCAUCAGGGAGCUCAGGAAGGGGUGAGCGGGUCCCUAACCAACCACCAUCACACCGAGAGAUACUCACCCCAACCAAAACCACCACUUCUGCCCCUCCUCACCACCGAACCCCCCAAGGAUUUGAUAGAUACCGAACAGAACAAAAGGAACCUCUCCUACCUCAGACAAGCAAGCACCCACUGGAGUGCAACCGAGACUCAUCAGAAUUCCAAGGCCCCAGGGUUACGAUGCUUGCGAUGCCAAGAACAGAACAACCCCGAGCAAUGUGUUUUUGAUGUCGAAUCCUACACGUGUGGCCCAUGUGCCAUGAUCGGUGUCCCAUGCGAGUUCACGCCGAUCCAACGACCAGGCUACCAUGGCAUCAGUUACUUCACCGAAGUAUUACUCAGGCGAAUACGUGCCGAAGUGGCUCGGCUGGAGAGACAAGUGUUCGGGAUGUCAGAUGGAGAGUUGACGUGA